GACCUUCCGUAUCCAAUACCAUGUUCGCUAGUACGGUUCCCUCUUUUGAUUUGCACCUGCAGCCAUGGCAAUUCAGCGUUCAGGCCUCCAGAAGGAAAUCCUCGCUCUCUACCGUCGAGCAUUACGAAUGGUCCGAACCAAACCACCACCAACCCAGGAAAAGUUCAGACUCUUCGUCCGCUAUGCGUUCAAAACCCAAGCAACGGCUUUAUCACCUCGAGACGUCUCUGCCAUUGAACACUUAUUACGCAAAGGCCGAAGGCAGCUUGAAACAUAUGAGGACUCUCAAGUACGGGACUGCUGGGUCAGCAAAGAAAUGUACGAGUGGAAUGAGCGGGAUAGACGAAGAGCCCAACAGCACAGUGCCUCAUAAUGCAUCAUCAUACUCGGAAGCAAUGAAAUAGUCCGAUACCCAUCUUGCACUUCAUAAAACCUGCAAGCAAUG